UUUAGUUAUAGUUUUGAUAACCAAGCGAGAAGAUGGUUUUUGAAACCGAACGUUUUGAGACCAUUCUGAUUGAGUGUAUUGAGUCGAGAAAUGAUCACCAGUUUCAGUACAUUCUGGACGAGCUGAUAUUGAAUCCGAAUAAAAGGCUGAAAUGUUUCAACGGACUGUCAACGUUCGAGAAAGUUCUAACGAUACCGAAUUCGAGGAAACUCAUCGAGCUAUGCGUUUGCAAUGGAUGCGAUUUUUACAAGAAAAAUCCUGAUGGAAUAUAUCCACUACGCCAUGCCGUUGGUUCACUCUGCGCUGACAACCUAAUCGCAAUAUUGAAGCCGAAUAAAGAGUCCUUCACACCAUUAUGCGACGAUCAUUUUGUAGCCACUCAAUAUUCAGCGAUCAUAAAUGAAAAAUCGGAUGGAGGAAACAACUACCUCCAUCUGUUGGGUAACAACAUAACUGAAUGCAAUUACGCAGAACUUUCGAAAAUGAUUAUGGCCAUGCUGGUGAACGGUUGCAACGUGAAUCUGCCGAACGGACAACAAGAAACGCCCUUUUAUUUGCUGUUGAAGAAUCCGAUCGUUGAAAAUAAUUUGUUAACCUUCAUCGUCGACAACGUACGAAUCGACUAUUAUACGCACAAUAGCAAAAACAUCCAUAUGUUGAUGGAGGAACGAGGAUUGGCAACCCGAAUGAGUAAGAAAAUGGAUUUUACCGUUGACACGAACUACAUGGUCCAGCAUCUUGACGACUGGCAUGAGACACAAUUGGUCGAUAAUCUUAAACGCUGGAAACGGGACACGAAGGACCUUGACGAUGGGAUCAUGGAAUUGUUAGAAGCUGCAAUCGUUAAGAAUUUACCCGAAGCUGUUGCCAUUGUAAUGGAUCUUUGUCCGGACAUCAAUGGAAUUUCAAAAAAUGGCAAAUUCAAAAUGACGCCGGCAUUUUUGGCCUGUAUGUUCGGACACUAUCAAGUCCUGAAGGUCCUACUUAGCAACCAGAAGUUGUCAUUUCAGUCGACGAGUCUGCAAAGGAAUCUGUUACAUCAAAUAAUUUCUUCCGAAGCCAUUGAUCCUGUCGAUCGCCAGAAAACCUUCGACCUAAUUAUCGCUGAUCGACGAUGCACGUUGGACGUGAUUAAUCAGCCCGAUUCUGAAAAUCGAGUGCCUCUGCUUCUCGCCUGCCAGCAUGAAUGCGAUGACAUUGUGAAGGAGCUGCUGAUACGUGGAGCCUACAUUGGUUAUGACUCGGUAUUGACUUACAUCAAAAAGGACACCCUUGAAGAGUUCCUGGAUGAAUGCGUGAAGUGCUCCGGCGACAUCAACGACAGAGACCGUGAAAUUUACAUUGACUACAAAUUCUUGAUGCCUCCGCAGAGAAAUGAGCCGGAAAUCACAUCAGCUUAUUUGAUUUGUGCAAAUUCGAAGCUGAAAGAAGUUAUCUUACAUCCAGUCAUGGCUUCAUUUGUGCUGCUCAAGUGGCGGAAGAUCGACUUCAUCGUUUAUUUCAACCUUCUGGUCUAUUUCGGUUUCAUGAUUUUCUUGGGCUACAUCAUCGUGAACUUUCACUAUGUGCCCAAUAGAUUUAAGUACGACGAAGAAUAUUGCGACACCACAAUUGAAUUUCAUGACAUAUGGAUGAAGGUAAAUCUGAAGUAUGUUUUCAAUAUUCGAUCGGAGAACGUGAGUGACCCGAACAUUACAAUCACUCAAUUGCUAUUCGAGAACCGGUACGCAAUACGUAGCUUAUACAACGACACCUACAACGACAACAAUUUCGAAAAAAUUACCAAUAUCCUUAGCCAAUGGGACUCAAAUCUGGAAAUUAAUGAAUUGAAAACGGGAUUGCGACAAUAUUUCGCCGACCAUGCGUUUUCUUAUUGGUUCGGAAUUUUUGGACUCACGUUGAUGGCAGGCUACGAGGUUGUUCAGUGCGCUAUGUCGUACAAGAAAUACUUUCUUAAGCCGAUUAAUUGGCUGGAUAUUUUGCUGAUCCUUACCUCUUUCUUCGUUCUCAUCGGAAAUUGGAAAUUAGAAUACUCACAUGACGAUUUCAAGCAAUUGUGUGUUAUCAUGAUUCUAUUAAUGGCCGCUCAGAGCAUUCAGCUCUUUUCCAAAGUGUCCGCUUUUUCAUUGUCUUUGCAUAUGGCAAUACUGAACAAAGUGUGUCGAACAUUCCUGAAAACCUUUGCCCCGUAUCUAAUUUUUAUUUCGGCAUUCGGCAUGAGCUUUUUUGCCUUGAAUUCAGCGGAAACUUCAGCGCACUUCAGCGCCAACAAACUCAAUAUAGAUGACAAUAUAGAUGACAAUAUAGAUGACAAUAAAGAAGACAAUAAAGAAGACAAUAAAGAAGGAUUUUCAGAUACUUUCACAUCGACAAUUUCCACUAUUAGGAUGAUGUUAGCGGAUUUUAGUGUCGUUCAUAUUACGAGCGCCGACCAUUUUCAAGGAAUUCUAUUUGUAGCAUUCAUGAUGUUGAUUUCAAUUGUUUUGUUGAAUCUAUUAAACGCUCUGGCAAUCAGUGAUACCAAUCGAAUAAUGGAAGUGGCUGAAUUUGUCGAAACAAAGAAACGAAUUUCUACUAUACGCAGCUAUGAUAACCUGCACUCGUUCCUCAAGGUGUCAUACGCCAAUGUGUUCCCCAAACUGACCACAAUUAUGAUAACCCCGAAUAAAAACAGCUUCGUAAAAGUUAAACGAAGGAUGCAGAUUGUAGACAACGUUACCAUUCCAAUGCAAAAAACCGGAAAAGUCUCUAACUUUGAGUGUCUUUAUGACGAUUGGUGGUUUUUGAAAAAUGAAUUGAAACCUGUAACAUUCGACGAGAAAUUCAUCAACAAAAUUCUUGAUUUUGUGAAAGAUCGAAAAGACAUGGAUAAAAUCAACCAAGAGCUGUAUGAGGUCCGAGCCGCCCAGGUAGACAUGUGCAAAGCUCAGGAAGACAUUUACAAAGAAUUACUGAGAAUUGCAAGUCAAUGCGAGCCGUCGAAGACAAUUGAGGAAGUCUCCCAUCUUUAAUGUUUUGGUGAAAUCAUAUCUCGACUUACAUUGCAACAACUUUUUUAAUUGAUAAGCGCAACUUCGGAACAUAAAAAGUCCGUUGUGUACCACGAUUUUGUAUACAAAAAUGAUGAUUUUGUAAAUAAAAAAUUCGUUUUUGUGCCU